UAUCAAAUUCUAAUAAAAUCACGAUGAACUCUUUCGGCACGCGCUGUCUCAAAACAAAUCAAAAUGAACGAAGACCCCGAUCUCUACUCAAAAAGUUGUCAAAUGCAGAAAUUUGACACCAACCAUUUCCUUGACACUUAUUUCAAACGACUAAAUGUGAAAAGCAACGCCACAGUUUUGGAUUUGGGUGCUGGCGAUGCUUCAGUAACCCUUGAAGCUCUACUUCCCCGGUUGCCAAACUUCCACAAACUCGUGGUUUCCGACAAGUCAAAAAAAAUGAUAAACUUCGCUAAGAACAGAUUCCACGAUGAACGAAUCGAGGUCAUUCAGAUGGACAUCCUCGACUACGACAAAGCUUUCAAAGACCAUUUCGACCACAUUUUCACCUUUCAUUGUUUGAAUCUCAUUCCAGAGGCGAGGACCCCAGACGCAAUGCGAAACAUUUUCGAAAUUUUGAAACCCGGAGGAAAUUUUUUUGCGACUAUCAUAGUGGAUGCAUCCCUCUAUGAAUUUUGCGAUAGCAUGAUCAACGACAAGAUUUGGCCACCGGCUAUGGCAAACUACAAAAAUUUUUUUUCUCCGUACCGAGGUUGCGACAAUCCUGCAGAAAAACUUACCUGUUUUCUGAAAAACGCCGGUUUUGAUGUUCAAUUUUGCAAAUACGAGGAAAGAAAGUUCACCUAUGAAUAUUUGAACCAGUUUGCGGAUUAUGCUUUGUCGAUAUUUCCUGUUCUGAAGAUCGAGUCAAGAGAUGAACGGGCGAAAUUUGCUGAAGAUGUUAAAAAAACGAUCAGAAAACACCAAUUGGCAACCAGUGACGAAAGUACUCGGAGUGAUGACAAAGUUCAUUAUUUUUAUAGCGUUUUGGUGGCUUGUGCCUCAAAACCUGUCUAAACGACUUUAAAA